GCAGCAUGACCAUCUCGAACACCUCUCUCCGUGUCGCAUGCUCUCUGGUCAUGCCAUGCUCUCUGCACUGAUAUGGUUGCAGAAGGAAACUGAUCAGUCACUAGGACUCCCAGAUCGAUCGUGGGAGAGCUAUGCCACGUGAUAUACACGUUAGGGUCAAAGUGGGUCAGGUUGGCUGUCGUGCAGACGAGGUUGUGAUCCAGUACAAGUUGACCUUGCCUAUGGAGCAUGGCGUGGCCUUGAUUAGAGAUACAGAGCGUGACACGAAGGGCGUGGAACCUUUAAGUGGCUUGCAGCCGGGACGUGAAGCUUAGGGCGUGAUCCGACCAACCUUCGCAAUCAACGUGUGUGUCCACACACUCUCAUUCCUCCUUCCUCUUGCUCAACACCUCGCCAUUGCCUCGACUCAUCUUGCCUGACGGGCCCAAUAUACAUCUCACCAUGUCCCAGUCGCUGUUGAAACAACUCUUUCCCCCCGACCUUCCUGUCGCUUCUUCUUCAUCAUCAUCACCCUCGGUUCGACCGUCAUCCUUCCCUCCUCAACAUCCCACCGACAUGUUCCCCGAUUCCUCAGGACUCUUUCCCGAUCCUGACGAAGAUGGAGGGGAAGAGAACAUCUUUCGAGAUAUGACAUUCCCAGAUAUUCUAGAAGAGUUGAAUGCGCGAUUCUUGGUCAACCUGCCAAAGGAGGAAAUGGGACUCGUCAGAGUCUAUUGGCAAGCUGAACAAGCACAUUGGUUUUAUGAGGAUUACCUUCGGCCUCUCAACCCUCUUCUACCUUCACUUUCUCAACGUAAUUUCACCCAUCUCAUCAUCGCUUCGUCGCCUCUAUACACUCAUCUCAGCGAUGAAGAGUAUGAUCAAGUUUGGGAAGAAUACUGCAAUUACAAGCGGAUGGUACCAUGCUGUGGCGGUAUCCUCAUAAACGAUGCUGCCGAUAAAGUCCUCAUGGUCCGAGGAUGGAAAUCCAACGCUGGUUGGAGUUUUCCUCGAGGCAAAAUCAAUUCUGCGGAGCCAGAAGAAGCAUGUGCGAUACGCGAGGUAGAAGAAGAGACCGGCUUCGACCUGACGGGGAUGAUCAACAAGAAAGACUCAAUUCAGACUCAGGUCAACGCGCAGACCAUCACCAUGUUUAUCGUCAUGGGCAUUGAUGAGAAUACGACAUUUCAGACGCAAACGAGGAAGGAGAUUGGGGCUAUCGAGUGGGUCCCGUUUGUUGAUCUACCGACGUGGACAAAUAAACGAGGUCCAAAGACGACCAAUGAAAAGGGCAAAAAGAGAUUUUACAAUGUCACGCCUUUCGUCGGACCGCUCAAACGCUGGCUCUCCGAGCAUGGCGUCAAUCCUCACCAGAAGAAGAAAACCCAGCGAGGCGCCGAUCCCAAAGUGGGAGGUCUGCGGAACCUGGAGCCCUUUCAAUUCGAUUCUCCACCUUCUACGCCACCUCGCCAGCCUGCUCAAGCACAACGAGCUCAGCCGAGUGAUUCUCAAGUCUCUGCUUUGGACAACCUUUUUGAUCGUUUCAUCCACAAACAGAAUCAAGAUUUGCAAAUUUCAGGAUCGGGUGAUAAUCAAGCCGGGCUGGAGAGACUUUUUGGCAACCUCGCGGUAGCCUCGCAUCAGCCACCCGCUCAGGACGACGAUAAGACGAGAGAGGCCAAGGAAGAUGACGAUCUUGCGAGGCUGUUGAGCGGAUUGACUAGCACGCCUACCCCGCAUCCUCCUGCACUCGUUAAUCCUCCGCCCACUGAGAAGGCUUCAAAGCUGCUCGCCUUGCUUAAUCCCACUUCUCCACUUGCCAACUCGAGCACUGUAGCUCAGCCCGAACCUUCCCCGACCAGAGCCCCUAGAGCGCCUGUGAAGCCACAUCAAGCUUCACUCCUCGCUGUCUUAUCGCCGGGAACACAGAACCCACGAACCGCCCCAGCCGCCGUAUAUGAUGACACCAACAGCAUCGCGCACUUAAAUCGACCGACCACUCUGCCGACUUCCCCGAAGCCGCCGAGCCCAGAUCAGGCGCAGAAGGAGAGGUCGAGGAAACAGCGGGCGCUCUUGGAGCAGAUCACAGGCGGAAUAGGUCUGAAAAUACCUCUUCAGCAGUCGUCGGUGUCUGGCGAGAGGAGCCUUCCCGACGCAAACCGAGCGGGAAAUCCAGAAGGCAUACCCGUAGAGUUGGGAAAGAUGCCUUUCUCACCAACCGCAUUACCUCUUCAGAAUCAUGAUAUGCCUCCAAGAGCUAAUAAUGAUGCCGCGUUUGCUAGCUAUGCUAUGGCGCCGUCUGGACGUCAGAAUCAUUCGCCUUCAGAUGGGUAUCUACAGCAUCCGCACGCUGCUCCACCGCCCUACGAAUCCUCAACUCAUGGACAGUCUCACGGAGCUCCCAUGGGUGUCCGUCUCGGUCAGGGCCACCACAACCCGCAUGUAGCUUUUGAAACAACGGCUGAUGGCUCGUUUUCUGGUCACAUCAAUCCUGUGGGGUCGGGUCCUCCUGCUCACCUACAAGGGCAAAUGAAUUUACCGGUCGUGCGACCAUAUGGUGUUCCGCAAGGGCAGUUUGCGACCCAGCAUCUUCACCGGCCAGCUCCUCUGACUGUGCCACCUGGACAGGUUGGGCCAAUGCCACACGCUACAUCGAUAGCCUUUACAGGUCACCCGAUGUCGAACGGAGUUAUGGGAUCACCUCCCUCUGGUGGACCACCAGUUGGUGGCAUGUCUGGCGCGCCAAAUGCGGGAUACCCAUCCCAGGCCUUUCGGCCACCUCAUAGCCAGCAAAAUUUUGGACCUGGUGUUCGACCUACCGGUCCUCCCUACGGCUUUCAGGGUCCCAUCCGACCGAUACCUCAAGGCUCCGGAGUGCCUUCAGGCAUCUCCUUCACUGGCCGACCUCCUAGCCACCAAAACCUGUUCCCAGCCCAUCAAGCGAACCUCGCUCCUGGGCCCCAGAGACACUUUGACGCCUCGUAUGCUCAAGGCGUCGUAUCGAAUCACUCUCAGGGAGCUCUAAAUGGUUUGAAACAUCCUCAGCCUAUGCCUCCUGCUCCUGCACCUGUACCGGUUGUCUCGCCAUCGACCGGAAUACCUGACCUGCCGCGUCCAGCCCAAGGUCAGGGUCCUGGUCAAGUUCAGGGUACCAUGCUCCAGCCAAUGCCGAGGGCAGGUAAUGCAGGUGCCAUUCUCGGCUUUCUGAACGAUGGAAGACGAUGAAUGUGAAAGCGGAGCAAGACCGUAUUGCGUAAUCAACGCGCAUGAUGUCAAGCUGAGAAACCUUCCCACGCGUAUGCAGCCUGUGUCAUCGUCGCGC